UUAUCACGGACGAAGAGGUCAGGGCGACAGCUCUGGGAGGACAAUCCCAGCGGACAAAUCUGAAUGACACCAACGAAGAGAAAGAAGUGUUAAUUGAGUACAUCUUAGCACAGAACCCCAACCAUAAGCGGGGGCGUGGUCAAGCGCCGGUCUGUGACAGGACGGCGGAGUCAGGGAAGGUAAGUGGCAGAAUCACUACACCUGAGAGCAAUUAACCUGUGUUUGUGUGUCUUCCCAGUGACUGCGCCCUAUAUCAGGAGGGACAGCGAGAGCGAAAGGAGCUCCCCCAACCCAAAGACUGGUGUGUGUGUGUUAGACUGGGAGAGUGCAUGUUUAACGCUGAAAAGUGUAAAAUAAAACAGUCUGUCAAACCUUAUCUCUGUCCUGCCAUCCUCUGUGCUCCACCCACCAACACAGAAUCGUUACAGUGGUGCCGAAACCCGGGAUCUGGAGCACAGCAGCCAAACAGCCCCGUGGAGUCCUCCCCGUUCGCUGAACUGGUCCACGCCCUCGCCACGGCCCAGCAAAGCCAGCACCAGGCGCUACUCACCCUCCGAAAGGAGCAAGAACAGUGGUUCGAAGCCCUGGUGCUGGCUCAACAAGAAGAUCGAGAGGCGUUCCGGCACCUCCUCGCGUCGGCGGGGUCCACCAGCACUCCUACCGCGGGCCCGUCUCCCCUCACCGUCACCAAGAUGGGCCCGCAGGACCACCCCGAGGUGUUCAUCACGCUCUUUGAGCAAGUCACCGAAGCCUCGGGGUGGCCGAUGGAGCAGCGCGCGGCGCGCCUCCUCCCCCUGCUAACGGGAGAGGCACAGCUGGCCACGCUACAGCUCCCCGCCGACCGCCGGCUGGCCUAUGCGGAUCUCCGCCGGGCCGUCCUCCAGCACGUGGGGCGCACACCAGAACAGCAGCGCCAGCACUUCCGCGCGUUGCGCUUGGAGGAAGUCGGCCGGCCGUUCGCAUUUGGCCAGCAACUCCUGGACACCUGCUGGCGGUGGUUGAGGGCCGACAACUGCGACGGUGAGGAGAUCGUCGAUCAGGUGGUGCUGGAGCAGUUCGUCUCGUGCUUGCCAGCUGGAACCGCGGAGUGGGUCCAGUGCCACCGCCCGGCAUCGCUGGAUCAGGCAGUCGAGCUGGUGGAGGACCAUUUGGCGGCUGUCCCAGCGGCAGGACAGCAGAUGGCAUCUUCUCUUCUCUCCUCUUCUCUCUCUCUCUCUCCCCCUCCUCCUGUGUCCCGUCCUUGCCCCAUUCCCCCACCGCGGAGGUGGGGGCCGGCACCACCCCAGCCGGCCCGCCGCACCCGCGGUGCCCUCCCGUUUCUCCCUUCUGUGUCUGUCUCUCCCCCACCUCAGGUGAGUGAGCCCCAGAUCACCGGUGCAGAGGGAAAGCCCGGGCCGGUUUGCUGGCGCUGCGGGGAGCCGGGCCACCUUCAACAGCAGUGCACGGCAAUGGAAAAAAAUAGUCCAGUGACUGAAAACCGGCUUCAUUCUGAGCCAAUAGAGGAUCUGCAUAAGACAAAUCCCACACUGAACAGCGAAAAGGUGGAUUUCUAA